AUGUAUGGCAAGAAGAUACAAAUCUUUACUGAUUAUAAGAGCCUGAAAUAUGUCUUCACUCAAAAGGAGUUAAACAUGAGACAGAGAAAAUGGCUUAAGUUAGUAAAGGACUUUGAUUGUGAGAUUUUGUACCAUCUAGAUAAGGCGAAUGUGGUAGCCGAUGCUCUUAGUAAGAAGGUAUCGCAUUCACCAACACUUAUUACUGAGCAGGUCUUUUUGCAUAGAGACUUUGAGAGAACUGAGAUUGCAGUUUCAAUAGGAGAAGUCACUUCACAAUUGGCUCAGUUGUCAAUGCAAUCAACUUUUAGACAAAGGAUUAUUGUCGCUCAGCUUAAUUAUCUAUAUUUGGUUGAGAAGCAUCGUCUCGUAGAAGUAGGACAAGUCGAGGAGUUCUCUAUAUCCUCUGAUGAUGGAUUUAUGUUUGAGAGACGUUUAUGCAUGUCAGCAGAUAAUGUAGUUAAGAUCGAGCUUUUAACUAAGGCUUAUAGUUCCCUAUUUUUUAUGCAUUAUGGCAGUACAAAAAUGUACCAGGACUUGAAGCGAGUUUACUGGUGGUGA